UUUUUUAUGAUUCAGAUAAUUUUCUACAUGUGUUUUCUAUGCACAUGCCAAAUUUCAACUAAAAAUAAAGCUCCGCAGAUAGUUUAAUUAGUGUAGAACUUUUGGUACCUAAUUUUGGUUUUUCUGAUGUUUUUUUUGUUAAGCGAAAAACGGGGGCGGAUAGGGGGGCCGACUUUACAAAAAAAAAAAUUAAUCCUUAUUUUGUAUUAUUUUGAUUUUUAUUAUUAGAUUAAAAUAAAGCAUGAACUCUGAGGACAGAACUCUACUUGCAUCCCUAACAGAUCCUGCUGCUCAUUAUGAAGCCUUUUUGAGAUAUCUUCGAUCUACCCAGCCUACCACUUCAACAUCUUCAUCCGCAAUGAGUGUUCUUGUUCCAUCCUCAACUGCAUUGAGUGUUCCAUCUACACCUGCUAUAAUUGUUACAUCUUCAGCUGCUACAAAUGUCCCACGACCUCCACAACAAGAUGUGCAACCUUCUGCUGACUUAACAUAUGGUGCCUAUAGGAGAUAUAGGGACCAGCACCCUGGACCGAUUAGCAAUCGAUCAUAUUUGCGAUGGGUCCGGUUAGGAGGGAAUGAUGGUGAAUCAUUCAGCUGGGCCUAUCAUCCUCCUAACAGGGGUGCUGGGAGCUACAGCAGAAGAGGAAGCCAUGGUGGAGGUCGUGGGCGAAGAAGGAAUGGUGGCGGCCUCACCGUAAAUGGUGGCAUACACUAUUACUAGGCGCCGCCAUUUCUGUUUUUUUUAAAAAUAAAUCUAUAACAUUA